AUGGCGCUCGCGCGAUCGCGCGCGCGGGCGUCGGGUCGCGCGCGCGCUCGAACGCAUUUUCGCGCGUCGGCGUCGGCGUCGCGCGCGCCCGAACGCGGGCGCGUCGGUCGACGAGACGCGCUCGUCGGCACGGCAUCGGUGAUCAUCGCCUCGACGGCGACGGGGGGGCGCGCGCGGGCGACGGGCGCGUCCACGGGCGCGCCGCUGCGAGAGAUCGGUCGUCUUGGGAUCGGGACGUGGUCGUGGGGGAACACCGCGGUUUGGGAGUACGAUGAGAGCAUGGACCCGGAGUUACGACGGGUGUUUAAUCGCGCCGUGGACGCGGGGGUGCGAUUGUUCGACACGGCGGACAGUUACGGCACGGGCGCCGGGUUCGACGGACGAAGCGAGGUUUUGCUGGGGCAGUUUUUGAAGCAGUGUCCGAGCGAGAAGGCGAAGGAUGUGAUAUUGGCCACAAAACUAGCGCCGUUUCCGUGGCGCGUGACGAGUGGGAGUUUCGUCAAGGCGGCGAAGGAGAGUGCGGAGCGAUUACAGGUGGAUAAGAUUCCGCUCGGACAAUUGCACUGGAGCACGGGUAAUUAUCAGCCCUUGCAAGAGGGCGCGCUUUGGGCCGGGAUAGCGGACGCGUACGAGGAGGGCGUCAUCGGGGCGGUGGGGCUGUCGAACUACGGUCCGAAGCAGUUGAGGAAGAUUCACAAAUACAUGUCGGCGCGCGGGGUGCCGAUUUCGACGCUGCAGGUGCAAUAUCACCUGUUGAGUCGAUUUCCCGAGCUCAACGGCACGAAAGAGACGUGCGACGAGCUGGGAAUUAAACUCAUCGCGUACUCUCCGCUCGCGCUCGGUUUGCUCACGGGGAAGUACAGCGUGGAAAAUCCUCCACCAGGGAUUCGAGGAUUUGCGUACAAGGGCGUGUUGCCGCCGCUUCCGGGUCUCCUCGCGACGAUGCGCGCCGUCGGUGAAGAGCACGGUGGGAAGACAUUGCCGCAAGUCGCGCUCAACUGGUGCAUGGCCAAGGGAACGGUCCCGAUUCCCGGGGCAAAGAACAUGCGCCAACUCGAGGACAAUCUGGGCUCACUCGGAUGGGGUUUGACGCCGAGUGAAGUCGAGGAGCUCGAUCGCGCCGCCGAGAAAGUCGGUCUCUCGACAUCGCAAAAUAUCUUUCAAACAUCUUAG